CCUCGCCGCGCCCCGUCCGCGGGCGCCUGCGCAUUGGCCCGGAACCAAGAUGGCGGCGCCCAGAGGAGCCUUCUGGACCGCCCUGCUCCUGGCGGCCGAGACGCUGACGUUGGCGGCCGCUGUGUCCGAGCCCACUACCGUGCCGUUUGACGUGAGGCCCGGAGGCGUCGUACAUUCCUUCUCCCAGGACGUAGGACCCGGGGGCAAGUUUACAUGCACAUUCACAUACGCUUCCCAAGGAGGGACCAACGAGCAAUGGCAGAUGAGCCUGGGGAGCAGCGAAGACAGUCAACACUUCACUUGUACCGUCUGGAGGCCCCAGGGGAAGUCCUACCUCUACUUCACACAGUUCAAGGCCGAGGUGCGGGGUGCUGAGAUCGAGUACGCCAUGGCCUAUUCCAAAGCUGCGUUUGAGAGAGAGAGCGAUGUCCCCCUUAAAAAUGAGGAAUUUGAAGUGACCAAGACAGCAGUGUCUCAUAGGCCUGGGGCCUUCAAGUCUGAGCUCUCCAAGUUGGUGAUCGUAGCCAAGGCAGCACGCUCGGAGCUGUGACUCUGACCUGUCCUGGGCUGUGACGUCCUCGGCUCAUGGCCGCAGCUACUUGUCUGGGACACUGGUUCCCCCGGGAGCUGGUGUUGCCUGUUUACAGCUCACACUGAGGCACUCUGCCGAACUCUGAGCCCUGUCGCCCGUCUCACCAGGGAAGGCAUGGGACAUGUGGGUGGGACCUAGGGCCUCCUGGCUUUCCUGAAGUCAGGCGUGGUCUCUCCUCGGAGCCACAGAUGAGCAUCCCAUCCCCGGGACUGUUUCUUACCCCACCCAUGGCACCUCCGUUCAAAAGGAAGAGACGGAACAAAUAAAGAAAGAAAUAGCCACCCCA